UCCCCUGAAAAAGAAGCAAGACCCACAUGCAGCAAUUCAGAGGUUGAUUCAAAAAAGUCAAAACACAUUUAAGGACUCACACGUGAGCAAGCGAUCACAGAGCUGGCAUUUGUACAAUUCUCUCUCUCUCUCUCUCUCUCUCUCUCUCUCUCUCUCUCUCCAUUGAUGCUCAAUGUCAAAGUGGUCUGUUUGUCUGGAAAACUAGUAUAAUUUCUGAAAUCCUCGUACAUCUAGCAAGCAGAUCGAUCAGCUUCGUAACAUCCCCAAAAAAACUAACAAAAUUUUAGCUUCUUUCCUAUUUCAGCCUCAUCGAUCAGUUAUAUCCCUUUUGUCUAUUUCUUUAAUAAACAACACUGGACCACUUUCCUUCUCCAUCCCUUGCCUUUUAAGCACACUCUAUCCUGCCCUUACUUUCCUUUCUUCUUCCCUUCAACCCCCCAACCCUCUCAAUUUCAGCCAGAGAGCAUGCCUGAAUGUCCAGAGAAAGGGAGAGAUUUGAUGAGAUAGGCAAGAGGAUCAAGAGAGAGUCCGAUGCUUCUUCUCAUAUGGGAAGAAGACACAUGUUAGGUCCUCCUGGAACCCUAAACACCAUUACUCCAUGCGCUGCUUGUAAGCUCUUGAGACGAAGGUGUGCCCAAGAAUGCCCCUUUUCUCCCUACUUCUCUCCCCAUGAACCCCAGAAGUUCGCUUCUGUUCAUAAAGUCUUUGGUGCUAGCAACGUCUCAAAGAUGCUAAUGGAGGUACCGGAGAUUCAAAGAGCCGACGCAGCAAAUAGUCUUGUUUAUGAGGCCAACGUGAGGCUAAGAGACCCGGUCUACGGCUGCAUGGGUGCCAUCUCAGCUUUGCAACAGCAAGUUCAAUCUCUACAAGCUGAACUCAAUGCAGUGAGGGCUGAGAUUCUGAAGCACAAAUAUCGGGAAGCUAAUAUCAUACCAUCUUCUCAUCAUGUGGCUUUGCUCACUGCUUCUCGGGCGGUUUCAGUUGCUGCACCUCCUCCAACUCCGCCACCCCCGCCGCCACCUCCUCCUCUUCCUCCUGCUUCCUCCUCUUCUUCCAUGUACACCCAACAAGCCAGUGCUUCCGACUAUAGCACUAUUUCCAAUGAUAAUAUUGUUUCCUAUUUUGGUUAAUUAAUUCCCUAGAUCGACUACAAAGAAUCACAUUUUUUUUUUCCUUUGUUAUGAAUCAAGUCGAAUAAAAUGAGGAAGAGAAAUUUAUUA